UGCUGGCAGCUGCAGGACUGUGGGCAGGUGGCCUCCCCUGCUGGAGCGUCUUCUGUGCUUGGCUGCAGAACCCUGGGCCGGGGGUUGUGCAAAGGUUCUGACUUUACCUUCCCGCACCUCCAGGGUCUCUCGUUCAUCACCUUUGUCUGCUAUGUGGCAUCCUCUGCAUCCGCCUUCCUCGCAGCGCCUCUGCUGGAGUUCCUGCUGGCCCUCUACUUCCUCUUUGCCGAUGCCAUGCAGCUGAAUGACAAGUGGCAGGGCUUGUGCUGGCCCAUGAUGGACUUCCUGCGCUGUGUCACAGCGGCUCUCAUCUACUUUGCCAUCUCCAUCACAGCUGUCGCCAAGUACUCGGACGGGGCUUCCAAAGCAGCUGGGGUGUUUGGCUUCUUUGCCACCAUCGUGUUUGCAAUCGAUUUCUACCUGAUCUUUAAUGACGUGGCCAAAUUCCUCAAGCAAGGGGACUCCGCAGAAGAGAACACAGCUGACAAGGAGGAAGCAGAGCAUUCCGACUCCGAGUCUGACUGAAGGCCUGCCCCGCCCCGGCAGCCCGAGCCGCGCGGGCCCCCCCUGCUGCACCUCGGGACCGGGCGGCCGACCGGCCAGGGCACCGCGCGAGUUGCGAGAGCAGCGCCGACUUCUCCAGCGCCAGUGGGAGCUGCUGACAGAGCUGGCCUCCUCAGGGCCCCAGAGUGACACGCCCGAGCCCGGCAUCCGACCCGGCACCCUCUAACCACUGCGCACGCGGGGGCAUCGUGAAUAUUCCGCCACGUCUCCUCGUUUCUGCCCCACAGACCUUAAGCCUUGUAACCUCUCUGCCAAAAAUAAGCACAAGGGGACAGAGCUGACGGAGCCUUGUUACCUCCGUCACAGGAAGCAUUUCAUGCUGGGGGGCGGGGGGGGGUAGGACCGAAGCCACCACAGGGCCCACCUGCUAGGCCCCGGGGAUUUUUGUCUGCAUUUGGUGUCCCACUCAUGCGAGGCACUUUGUCGAGAAUGAUCCUUCCAAGAUUCUCUUGUUCAAGGAACACCAGUACCCUCUUCAUUUUUGAAGCAGGGAGAAAACCGACCUUUGCUCUCAUCCAGGAGCGAGCAGGUCAGGGUGCCUGUUACGGGGAGCCACCCUGGGGAGCCACGUCUUCUCCGGGUGGUAAGACAGUUGUACCAGGUCCAAAAGGUCAAGGGUACCUAACCGUGAAGUAACUGACAGCGUUCUGGGGGGCUGGGCAGGCCCAGCCGAUCCCUCUUUCCCGGGGGCCCAGGAGCAGGCGAGGGGCUCUCGCGCACUCAGGAUGACAGGGUUUCUCGACACCUGACUGCCUCUCGAGAGGGGAGCUGUGCCUUCUGUGUUGACCUAGAGACAUGUGCUGCGUGUGUAUGUUCAGUGGGAUUUUGUAACUUUAUGUAAUUUUUUUUUUUUUUACACAAAAGUAGCUUUUUAAAUGGCAUUUCCUCUGACCCAAGAAGCCUCAUGAAUGAGCCAGAUCUGGACCCGUGUCUUGGGCAUUUGUAACCUUUGUUCUUCUCUUGCAUGUGAAAAAAGCCUUAAUGGAUUAAAGCAGACUGACUGCGUG